GGGAGCGCCGGGUGCGGGAAGGCGGGAGACGCGGGUCCUCUGAGGGCGCCGCGGAUGGGGUGCGCUCAGGGUUUCUGGGGGUGGACGAGAGUCCGGCCGGGGGCCCUGCGGUGAGAAGGCUGGGACCCAGGGGGUCGGGGUGCAGAGGUGGGGCGGGGCGGGACGGUGCCUCUCUCCUCCACCGCUCGGUCGGGGCAGACCCGGAGACCCGGGGCCGGCUCACAGCUGGGGACGCCUGCGGCUUCCGAAGACCCAGCGGGGAGUUCCUGUACGGGGUGGGUGGAGGAGGGAGCGGAGCAUUGCUUCCUCUGUCGCCGGGGCCGACUCCCGUCCCUCCCCAGCGGCCGGAUUCACCUCAGACGGCCGUGCUUUUGCCCUGGGAAUAACUCAAGUCACCUGCACUGAAAAUCAGUUUGCUGAAAUUAUUCAAGCGACGAUUCUCGACGUUGAAGAAAAGGAGGUUCCAGCCUUGACAAGUGUGGCCCUUCCUGGAAUCCCUCUGGACACACCCUCCUAGCAUCCUCUAGGAAAGAUGCGGCAGCUCAAAGGGAAGCCCAAGAAGGAGACCUCCAAGGACAAGAAAGAGCGGAAGCAAGCCAUGCAGGAGGCCCGGCAGCAGAUCACCACGGUGGUGCUGCCCACGCUGGCCGUGGUCGUGCUGUUGAUCGUGGUGUUUGUGUACGUGGCCACACGCCCCACCGUCACCGAGUGAGCCCUGCAGCUGGCCCACAGACCCCAUCGGCAGGGAGAGGAGGCGCGGGAGGGGGAAGCAAACAAAAAAUGGCUUUUAUAUUCAGAGAUGUUCAUGCUGCUGAGCUAUAAGCAGGAGCACCCUGUCUUCUCUGAUCUUUGACUUGAUUAAAGUAUCUCUGCUUUUCUUGGGAGGGAGGGGAUGUUUUAUCAGUGAAUGUGCCAUACACCUUAUGGUCCACUUCAUGUGCCUUUCAGACUUCAAAGGGUGCGUGUGUGUGUGUGUGUGUGUGUGUGUGUGUGUGUUUCUUUUUCUCUCCUAAAAAUAGUUAAGUAGCUCCACCUGAAGAGAGGGGAGGACCCUCUAGGUCAGGAAGCAGCUGGAAUCCGCACUCACCUCAUUCCCAUGGUUUGGAUCAUGCCUCUUUCCAGCACGUGCUCACAAUCUCCAAAGGGACUGUAUUUCUUCUCUGUGCUUAAUGUGAUUUGAAAUAUGUUGAAUCAAAGUGAAAUAUUUAUUUUUUGAAUAAAGGAGAUAAUAGCCUUAAA